AUGGCAAAAAAUCAAGAAGGAUGUGCCAUCGGAAUAGACCUUGGGACGACAUACUCAUGUGUUGCUGUGUGGCAUGAAGAACACGGUAGAGUUGAGAUUAUACACAAUGAUCAAGGCAACAAAACUACUCCGUCUUUUGUUGCUUUUGCUAAAGAUGAAAGGUUUAUCGGUGAUUCCGCUAAGAAUCAAGCUGCCAUGAACCCAGAAAACACCGUCUUUGAUGCUAAGAGACUAAUUGGUAGGAAGUUUAGUGAUCCUGUGGUCCAAAAAGAUAUAAUGUCGUGGCCAUUCAAGGUCAUUGCGGAUAUGAAUGACAAACCAAUGAUUUCCCUCAAGUACAAGGGACGGGAGAAACACUUUUGUGCAGAGGAAAUUUCGUCUAUGGUACUCACAAAGAUGCGGGAGAUUGCUGAGGAAUAUCUAGAAUCAUCGGUUAUGAAUGCUGUCAUUACUGUCCCGGCUUACUUCAACGAUUCUCAGCGAAAAGCCACCAUAGAUGCUGGUGUCAUUGCUGGCCUUAAUGUAUUGAAGGUAAUCAAUGAACCAACUGCUGCAGCUAUUGCAUAUGGCCUUGGCAAGAGAACUAACUGUGUUGAAGAACGGAAUAUUUUUGUCUUUGACCUUGGUGGUGGGACUUUUGAUGUGUCUCUCGUUACAAUUAAGGAUAAGGUCUUCGAAGUUAAGGCCACCGGUGGAGACACUCAUCUUGGGGGUGAGGACUUUGAUAAUAGAAUGGUAUACUAUUUUGUUGAGGAAAUCAAAAGGAAAAAAAAAUUGAAAAUUGUUGGGAACCCAAAAGCCAUGAGGAGGUUGAGAACUGCAUGUGAAAAAGCAAAAAGGACACUUUCUUUCGCCUCUGUGACCAAUGUUGAGGUAGACGCUUUAUUUAAGGGUGUUGAUUUUUCUUCGUCAAUCACUCGUGCCAAGUUUGAGGAAAUCAAUAUGGACCUUUUUGAUGAGUGCAUGGAGAUUGUUGAGAAGUGUCUUAGUGAUGCUAAGAUUGACAAGAGCAGAGUUGAUGAUGUUGUCCUUGUUGGUGGGUCUUCUAGGAUUCCGAAAGUGCAGCAACUAUUGCAGAACUUCUUCAAGGGGAAGGAAUUAUGCAAAAGUAUCAACCCUGAUGAGGCUGUUGCUUAUGGUGCUGCUGUUCAGGCUGCUUUGUUAAGUGGAAGCGUCAAGAAUGUUCCAAACUUGGUGUUGAUUGAUGUCGCACCACUAUCUCUUGGUAUUGAUUUAAUACAUGAUGUCAUGAGUGUGGUGAUUCCUAGGAACACUUCAAUUCCUGUCAAGAUUACAAAAAAAUAUAUUACAGCUGCAGAUAACCAAAAAAGGGUCGCAAUUGACGUCUAUGAGGGUGAGAGACCAAGAGCAAGUGACAAUCAUCUUCUUGGUUCUUUCACUCUUUCUGGCUUACCCCCUGCAGCUGCUCGUGGCCAUUCUUUUGAUGUAUGCUUUGAUGUCGAUCAAAAUGGUAUUUUGACAGUUUCUGCUAUGGACAAAUCCACUGGUAGUAAGAAUGAGAUUACAAUAACCAAUGACAAAGGAAGGUUAUCGGCUGAACAAAUUAAAAGAUUGGUUAAAGAAGCUGAGGCGUACUCUAUCGAUGAUAAGAAAUUCUUAAGAAAGGCAAAAGUAAUGAAUGCACUGGACGACUGUGUUUACAAAUUGGAAAAUGUGUUGAAGAAGAAAGAUAUUAAUUUAAAGCUCUCUUCAAAAGAAAACAAGAAGAUCAAUGCUGCAAUUAAAAAGGCCACAAAAUUGCUUGAUGAGAAUGACCAUCAAAAUGAAAGUGAUGUUCUUCAGGAUCACUUGAAUGAGCUCGAGAGUAUGUAUGAGCGCAUUAUGGGCAAGUCCUGCUAG